AUGGUCCAGGUCGUCAACCAACUCCGCUCCGACGAGGAAUCUGAAUACAUAGCUCCCGACGAAGUCUUGCAGGAUAUCGAUGACUUCAUCUACAAUCACCCCAUAGCUCGCUCUCUGCGAACAGAUGAGCGCUUCACCGAAUCGCGACCUCACCUUAAGAUUCCCCUGGAAUUGCGCGCCCACAACCUCACUGCCGGAACUCUGUCUGGCGCCAAUAAGAUCGCUGUACCCCCUUACACCUGGACGGAGACGGGUGGGAAAAGCCUCGUUGCGAUGCUAUACCUGGGUUCGGACGUUUCUGGCCACCCGGGCAUUGUCCAUGGCGGCCUCCUCGCUACCAUUCUCGACGAAUGUCUCGCGAGGUGUUGCUUCUCUGCUUUACCCAAUGGCAUUGGCGUCACUGCAAAUUUGAACAUAGACUACCGCAGCCCGGCGCCUGCGGGGUCAUUCUUCGUUGUGCGCGCUGAUACGGUGAAGGUUGAAGGGCGCAAGGCAUGGGUUGAAGGGAGGAUUGAGACUCUACCCGAUGAAGGGCAGGAGCCUCUUGUUGUGGCUCAGGCGAAAGCGUUGUUUGUUGAGCCGAAGAAUGCUGCUUCUCUUCCACGACUUUUUAAAUCGACAUAAAACAUCAUCGUAUGCUGGUUUCAGGCGUGUCUGCCGUCAUGAUAGGGAUUACCGACUUGAUGUCUUGAUAUAUUCCAUUUUUGCGAAGCUUGCAGUUAGAUAUCAUCCGACUGCCAUUUCAUCUUCUUUUGUCUUAUCCCCCACCCCCCAAAGAUGGGUGCUGCUGUUUAUUAGACUAUUUCUUUCUGAUUGUUAUUUUCCGGUUUGACCCUUGUGUUUUGAAUUCCCUUAUUCUUUGGGGUCGGAUUCUGGAAUACAUAAUAUGUGUUGAAUAUGCGCGGGAGAGGAAUAAAUUCCGGCUGCGCUUUUCAAUAGUAGGUAAAGCUAUACAUUAAUGAGAUCAUGAGUAACUUACGC